AUGGCCCGAUCACCUCCAUCAAAAGUUCUCACCCCCCUCGUCCUCGGCACCGCAACCUUCAACACCCAAUACAAUGACGACCCCUUCUCCCUCCCCUCCACAUCCAUCGUCCACCGCGCACUUCGCGCCGGCAUCCGCGCUUUUGAUACAUCCCCAUACUACGGCCCCUCUGAAGAGAUUCUAGGCCAAGCGCUCGCUUCGGAACGAGUAGCGUCUGAAUUCCCUCGUCAUACAUACCAACUUCUCACCAAAAUCGGGCGAGUCGCCUUAUCGUCGUUCGAUUACUCGCCUGCUUGGGUACGAUAUAGCAUAAAUCGCAGUCUGAAAAGGUUACGCACGGAUUAUUUGGAUGUCGUUUAUUGCCACGAUGUGGAAUUCGUGUCUGCGGCAGAAGUCCUCGAAGCGGUACGCGAAUUGAGACGCAUUCGUGAUGCGGAUCAGUCGAUUCGGUAUGUGGGCAUUUCGGGGUAUCCGGUUGAGACACUGGCGGAAUUAGCGGAGUUAGUCCUCAAGGAAACAGGGGAGCCGUUGGAUGUGGUCAUGUCGUAUGCGAAUUAUAAUCUACAGAAUACGCGAUUGGCGACAAAGGCGUUGGCGAGGUUGCAGGCUGCGGGUGUGGAUGUUGUGCCUAACGCGUCGAUAAUGGGGAUGGGGUUGUUGAGGGGCCAGGGUGUGUUUGACUGGCAUCCUGCGCCUAACGGGUUGAGGGACGCAACUUCAAGGGCUGUAGAGGUGCUACGGGAUGAGAAGAAUGAGAAGUUGGAGUCGCUGGCUACGAGAUAUGGAAUUGAGUCGUGGAUACGAGAGGGCUCAGCCGUGGGUGUGUAUGGACAUCCGCUGGAGGCGACGGAUGGUGCUACUGCAAAGCUGAGUAAUGGUCAACGACUGGGUGUCACGGUGGUGGGCGUGAGUAAUGUGAAGGAAGUCGAUGAGUUGGUAGCUAUAUAUCGCGAGGUUCUCGAUGACGUUGUUUACUCAGAUGAAACGCCAUCGACGAAAUCCCUCGAGACGGCAGAGUCGACCAAGUUGGUGCGCUCGAUAUUGGGACCGGAAUGGGUGGAUUAUGCCUGGCCGAGUCCUGGAGAGGGCUAUGUUAAUACAUUACCAGAUGAUCAUCACAAGUUCUUAGAAGAGCAGAACAACAAAACGACCACAUAUGCGGCUGGCAAGGCUGGAGAAGUUGCGGUUAGCGCAACUGAAGUUCGCGGUGUUGCAGCCUGA